ACAACAGAAAGUUUGUAAAACAUCGAUCAGACAAGUCUCUCUAUGAAUAAGAUGAAAGGCGUUCGUAUCGUUUUGUCUCUUGUUGUUUUGGGUUUGGCAUCCUCUAUUGCCUCUGCCUCUGACCCCAGUCCUCUGCAGGACUUCUGUGUAGCAGUCAAAGACUCUGAAAUUGAAUCUGCUUUGUUUGUGAAUGGAAAGUUCUGCAAGAACCCAAAGGAUGUCACUGCCAAUGAUUUCUUCUUUCAGGGGCUCGAUAAGCCUAGGGACACGUCGAACCCACUUGGUUCAAAUGUAACUCAACUCAACGUCGAUAAAAUAGCAGGGCUCAACACCUUGGGCAUAUCCCUGGCUCGUAUUGACUAUGCACCACAUGGCCUGAACCCUCCCCACAUUCACCCUCGCGGCACCGAAAUCCUCGUAGUCAUAGAGGGUACACUGGAGGUUGGUUUUGUCACCUCCAACCAGGACGAGAACCGCCUCUUUUCUAAAGUCCUGAACAAGGGAGAUGUGUUUGUAUUCCCAGUUGGUCUCAUUCAUUUCCAGUUCAACAGGGGAUAUACCAAUGCAGUUGCCUUUGCCGGUCUCAGCAGCCAAAAUGCAGGAGUCAUCACCAUUGCCAACGCUGUGUUUGAUUCAGAUCCUCGUAUUAAUCCUGAUGUGCUCACCAAGGCCUUCCAAGUUGACAAGAAUGUCAUUGAAAAUCUCCAGAAGCAGUUCUGGGUUGACAACAAUAAUUAGACCCUAAUUUAUAUUAUAUGAAGCAGCCAAUGAAUCCAUAAUUUAUAUGUAAACUUCUACAUUUUAAUAAGGAUCCGUAUAUUUGUUUCCCUAUUGUUGGAUUUGGAUUCAUUUAUAAAAUAAGUAGAAUGG